UCACUCUCGCGAACUCACACUAAAUAAAUAAUCAGGUGUUUCAGUCAUGACGAACAUUAGAUUCGUUGCCCCGAGAAUUCUUGGGGUGAGCUUGUGAGCAGAUGUCUAUAAAUCGAGGGAAAUGUCAAAGAGUUUUGACAAUGGCCUAUCGAGACGUCGACGGGGCUGACGUGCGGUGUUGAAUCCAGUGAAUUUUAAUUUUUUUAAUUUCGUUCGAAAGUUUGAAGUGCUUGCCCGAAUCGUCGGGCGAUGAGGAUUUUUAAGGGUUGAUCGGGGGCUGAUCAGUCGCUAAUUGUCAAGAUGUUUGAGGGGGCGGUGGCAGCUUUUUUGAAUCGUCUCCUUGGGAGAUAUGUGGAGGACCUGGAUACGGAACAGUUUAAUGUAGGGAUAUUCUCUGGUGACACGUACCUGACGGAUCUCAAGCUGAAACCAGAGGCUUUGUAUCAGCUUGGGUUACCAAUUAGAAUAGAAAUUGGUAUUGUUGGAAAGGUAUCGUUGAAGAUACCAUGGGCUGGUCUAUUUUCUCAACCUAUUAUUCUAAAUAUAGAGGACAUCUACAUCGUGGCAGUGCCAGCGAUGUCCGGCAACUACGACGAAGUAGUGCAAAAGCGUUUAAUGCGGGCGACGAAGCGAAAGCUCCUGGAGGACCUAGAGGGCGACAGCCUCCUGCACUCGGGUCUCCCCUCGGGCCUCCUGGACAGCCUGAUGGGCUCCCUGAUAAAGAACUUCCAGAUAACCGUGACGAACGUGCACAUCAGAUACGAGGAGAAGUUCUCCUGCAGUUCGAGCAUAGCCUGCGGUCUGUGCCUCCAGUCCUUCUCGAUCGCGACGACGAACAACAAGUGGAAGCCGGGGGUGACGCCGCCCACGUCGACGUCGAUCUACCAGCUGAUCCGGGUGGAGUCGCUCUCACUGUACCUCAACCCCAACGGCAGUCCCACCCUGGAGUUCUACCCGAGCAACUGGGACUUCCAGAACCUAGUCGAAUGGAAGGCUGUGAUGCACAGGACCUUGCGGACGUUCUCCAUCAACAGCGAGGACUUUGAAUUCCUGAUCAAGCCCUUCACGACGAAGAUCAAGGUGAUCGUGAAUCAGAGCAGCUCGGGGCAGCCGUCGCGAAUGCUCGUGGACAUUGUCCUGCAGGACGUGGCGAUGCAGCUGUCGGAGAGCCAGUUCUCGAGCUUCUGCAAGCUGUGGCGAUCGCUGCAGCAGGGGCCCGUCGAGCGGAACAGACUGAUCCAGCGGUCCCACCCCACGUGCCUCAUCAAGGAGGACCCCCGCGCCUGGUGGAAGUACACCCUGACAGCUGUCCUCGAGCAGAACGUCCGACCUUACACCUGGGAGUACGUGAAGAACCACCGGAUGAACUACAAGAAGUACAAGGAGACCUUCAUGCAGACCCUCAUCAGACCCAACGACACGGAGCUGAAGCUCGACCUCCAGAAGUACGAGGACUGCCUGACCAUCCUGAACAUCAUAAUCGCGCGGGAGGAGGGGAAGAUCGAGCUCAAGAAGAGGGAGCCCGACUGCGUCACCGUGGAGACACUCAACUCGAACAUCAAGCUCCUGGUGAACCUCGAGAGGCUCCAGGAGUUGUCGGGGGUGCCCGUCAGCCCGAAAUCCCUGAAGAACCACUGCGAGGAGCUCGCGAAACUCAAGCUCGAGCCCAUCCCGAGGUCCAUCGAGAGGAAGUACAACUUCACUCUGGCGAACUGGUCUCUGAGCCUUCUGACGAACGACUCCAGCGCCAGGGAGAGGGAGAUCCUCGUGGUGACGAUGGGGCAGUUCCUCAUGAGCGUCGAGACCCGCCCGCAGCUGUCGGCCUUCAAGGUCUCGGCGAGGGCUGAGAGCCUCGUCAUCGAGGGGGCGUCCUCGGUGGAGAACGAUCUGGUCCCCCUCGUGACAGCUGACAACAUCCUCACCGGGAACACAGCCUCCAACUUCCUCGCCAUCGACUUCGAGAGGAACCCCAAGGGCAGCGACUUCAAUUAUGAGAUCAACGUGAGGCUCGAGGCCUUCGAGGUGACCUAUCACGACUUCGCGAUCAAGGAGAUCGUCAACUACUUCAAGCGGAAUGGGUCGAACGUCAGUCAUCUGAUGUGGAGCAUGCAGAAGGUGUACGGAAGGACGAGGGAGAAGGCGGUGGGAAUAGUCGGAUCGGUGAUGAACAGAAGACUUCGGGUGAACCUGAAGCUCGACAUCAAAGGGCCGUACGUGGUGUUCCCCGAGGGGGGGUCCCUCCACCACCCCCUCUGCGGCAACAUCAUCCUGUUCGACCUGGGGCGACUGACCCUCAAGACAGAGCUUCAGGCGGCAGAGGUGCAGCUGGAAGACGCGACCCUGAUGGAGCUCGAGGAGCUCCUCUACGACAGGAUUCACGUGGUCCUAUCCGACAGUCAAGUCCUGAUCUGCCACUCCGGGGACGACUGGCGGGAGUCCCGCAACCUGAAGGACUCGGAGUUCCACAUUGUCCCGAAGAUCCAGGCGAACGUCACCAUCUCCUUCAGCAUCAAGCCGGACUACCGCCUCCUGCCGCGGCUGAAGCUCAACAUUUCGGUGUCAACGGUCAAGCUGAACGUCUCCAAGCACAAGCUGGUGUGCCUCAACGACUUCCUGACGCAGGUGUCGGUCCCGCACCCCCGGGACCUGGAGGACUUCCGGAGGAGUCUCCUCAAGGUGAAGGAGGACACCAGCGAGUGCCUGGCGCUGUCCUCCCGGGAGCUCACGAAAAUCCGAACGAUCGUGGCCCUCGCCUCCUUCGUGAUAAUCCGGCAGAAGUCGGAGUACGCGGUCAACGGAAUAGACGCGGUGGUAACGGACUCCGAGAAGAGCGUCGUCUCCUCCUCGGAGUUCAGCGAGGAGGACCUCGAGCAGUGGAUCAGGUCCGUCAACCUCUCCGGCUUCGACGACAACAUCUCCCCCCACAACAACGUGAACAUGCUCCUCAGGAUCAUGAUAGGGGAGCUGUCGGUCCACGCGAGCUACUCCCGCCCGAACACCCCGGACGCCUCCAGCUGUCAGAGCCGGGAGAAGCCGUACCUCAUCCUCCGGCUGUGCACGAUCUACCUGGAGUCCGCGCUCAUGGAGUACGGCCCCGCCUUCCAGUUCGGAAUAGGAACGAUUGUCCUCGCCGACAAGACCAACGCUGGCAUCACGGGGUCCUACCUGGAACUGAUAUCAGGGGACGGCAGCUACGACGUCAUCGGGGUGGCCUACAGGAAGGUCAAGGCCAACUGCCCGGACUUCAAGUCCCACUUCAAGAGCAUCGAGCAGUCGCUGGUGGUCAACACCAGGAACAUCAACGUCGUGUUCCACAAGCAGGCGUUCGUCAAGCUGAACGACUACCUCGAGGACCUCAUGCACAUCCCCUAUUCCUACAACGCGGGGAAGAUCCCGAGCUUGGUGGAGGUCGUGAGGUACCUCCGGGGGCUGUUCAAGAAGAGGGAGAUGGACCCCCCGGUGCCCGCGGGGGCGAUCAAGCUCAGUUACUCGGCGAGACUGAACAGCCUGCUCCUGAAACUCUGCACCAAAGACACGGAUCUUCUGGAGAUCAGGGUCAACGGGGUCGAGAGCGACUGCAUCUACAACGCCAACGAGAGGAUGAUCCUCAGGGCGCACGUCGGGGGGGUCUCCAUCGACGACCUCAGUGACAUAACGCUUUACUCGAAGAUCCUCACCACCGAGGACGACAAGGUCCUCGAUCUGAAGUACGUCAGGCACGCCCCGAAGCUGUACUCGUCGAAGCUGUCUUCGGACAUGAAUUUGGGCGGCGCCGAGGGGCGCGACGACGUCAAGACCGAUGGGAGCUUCAAGCUCUCCUUCGGGAAGAUCAACUUUGUUCUGCUGUCCGAGGUCUUCAGGAACUGCAGGCACUUCGGGGAGCCCUUCGCACACCUCGUGAGGGCGGCGUUCCCCAAUGGGGUCUCCAGGAUUUUCGUUAAUUGGAGUGUCGAAGAGCUCAGGAAGAGCCCGACGAAACUCCACAUCUCCAUCGACGUUCAGGGGCCGACCUUCAUGUUCCCACAGAAGAGGGAUGUGCCCAAUGCUCUCGUCAUCGACCUCGGGUUGCUGACGAUCGAGAACUUCUUCAAGAGGAAUAAGAGCGAUGAGAUUGUCGUGGAUAAUCUCCUGGUCAAGCUGGAGGCCCUCACCGUCUCCAGGGCCAUUAUGACCUUGGCGGGGGUGCUGAAGAUGCAGGAGCCGAUUCUUGAGCACGUGGAGGUGAGGCUCGACGUCAAAAGGAAUAUCGAGUGCAGGAGGGGUGGGGCCCAGGUGUAUGGACUGUGCGAGGUGGUGGGGUCGGUGGAGCAGCUCGUUGUCAAUCUCAGCCAGAAGGACCUGGGGGGAAUCCUCAAUGUCUGGGAGGAUAACCUGGGGAAGAUCCUGAGGAUGAGGGGCGAGGAGGGCUGCGCGGGGGAACACUGCGAGGGGUACUAUGGGGGGGACGCCACCAUGAGGAGGCUCGAGGUGUUUUUUACGAAUGAGGAACAUCCGGUCUGCGAAGUGAACAUGAAGGUCUCCUUCGAUGGACUGCAGAUCAAUCUCUUCUCGGAUUCUGAUGAGGUCUUGAGCUCACCAGUGAGAGACUUGAACAAUGGUCUAGGGAAAUUGAACCUGGGGGAGGUGACGCUGUCGUUCGAAUUGUACAGCAACCGAAGUAUGAGUAUGAAGGUCUCUCUGAGGACCUGCACUCUGGAGGAUACCCGGAAGGAGCCAGCUGUCAUCAGGAAAAUCAUUCAAUCACCAGCAAAAUCAGCCGGCCUGAAUUUCGACUCUGUGAUCUCCGUAUCCGAGCCACCAGUUUUCGACUUCACCUUCACCCAAGCCCCAGCUGGUGACAAGUGCAUCGACAUGUUGAUCGAGGAGACCCGAGUGAACCUUUCGAUUCCGUUUUUCCUGCAGCUCACAAAAUACUUCGUGGAGUCCCUCCCCACCGAGCAGAUCGACAAGGGAGUCGUCAACGAGGCAUACGAGGGGAACAAUCACGUCGACGUGAACGACAAACUGAAGACGAAGCCCCAGCAGCUGAUCAUCGAGCACCCGAACGACCUGGAGGAGCAGUCGGGGACGUCGGUGUCCAUUAGAAUCAGAAAACCCGAGGUCCUGCUGUUCGGAGACCUGAAGGCCAGCAACGCCCACGCCAUCCUCGUUCAGGCGGAACUGAUGAUCGAGAGCAGCAAGCACAUGGGCUCGUCCUCAGUCGUCUGCAGUUUGUCCAAUGUCUGCGCGAAGAGCAAGAGUCAGGAGCGCUUCCGGAGGCAACCACCUCAGUGGGUCCUCAGACCUUGUGAUAUCGAUAUAUGCACGAGGGAGAAGAACACGGAUGAUCAGGGACAGAUUAUACUCGAUGUCAGCUCGGUUGAUGUGCACUUGUCGGCUGGAACUGUCUGCACUCUAAAUCAGAUCCUGAGAGAGGCCUCUGAAAUAUUGAAAAUCAUCGACGCCAAAUUCGAGAGCAAAAAUGAUUUUUCAGAAAUCAUUGGAUACGGCGAUCUCUGGUCCCCCAAGAAGAUAUUUUCAUCUCCAUACAGGGGGAAUCCGAAUGGACAUUGGGAGAUGCUGUCUCCACCUCUCCCUGCGAUCGAAGACCCAGCUGUAAACCUGAUAAAGAUAUUGAGCCUGAAGCCCUUCGAGAUCCACGUAAUCCUGGAGAUGGAGGAUACGGUGGAGAGAAUUCCCAUGGUGAAGGCAGAGAUCGAACUCGGCGCUUCGAUCACCUCACUCAAUUCCACCUAUAAGUUCGAUUCUAGUUUUAAAAUUCAUGCAUUCUGCUAUAAUGCGAGCCGAGGUAGUUGGGAGCCUUUUAUCGAGCUCUGCACCAAGGACGACGUUGCUUAUUACCCCUGGGAGCUGUCAAUAAAGGUAUAUCAAGCCGAGUCUCACGAGCUAAACCCCUGCUUCAACCACAACACCAACAACAAUCAAUCGAAAAACCCGAUGAGGCGAUCGACCCCGAAGAAGAAGCGUGCAAGCAAUCACACCUCGAACGACGACGACCAGAGCAACGAAGACAUGUUGUUCAUCCACCCAGACGCAGCCCAGACGACCUCAAAAGUCAGUCUUCACGAGUACAGCUUCGAGCACGACGAGGAUUCGGACUCCAACGACGACGAUGGCCCGGACAAACUGGCGAGAAGUUUCAGCCACCUCUUCACCAACGACGAGACCGACGAUGACGACGACACAGACUCCGAUACAUCCAGUAAAUGCGAGGACGAGGGCCUGGAGCUGACGCCCGAACACGUGUCCACCAGAAAAUUCUCAUACACCUCCGUCAAAGCCACCACCAGAACACUAGCCGAGCCCUCACCCCUCGCCAAUUACAUAAUCAUCAGUGCUGAAGACAGGAUCAAUUUCACUGUUACCCAGAAUACAAUAACAAUACUCGACAUUAUAUUGAAUAUAUUCACGAAGAAUAAGACAGGAAUUCCUAUUGUCCCAACUAACGCUGGGAAAUUGAGUCUCAUGAAUGAGAUUGGACACACCAGCAGGAUUGAAUUGAUUGCUGAAGAGAAGGGAAACGAAGCCGUCGGUCGAAUCCUCGCCUCCAAAGACUUCAACCCCCUGGACUCCCCCGAAAGUGCGCCCAGCACCCCGGACUCUGAAUUCUGCAUGAGCGAGCACUUCAUGGAGUCGGCAUUCACGGACGACUCCACCACGACAUCCACCACCCUGAACGGGCCGCUGAUCUUCCCCGACGACUCCCCAGUGCACAUCUACAACAGCAUGACAGAGGAGUCCCUCAGGAUCCACAUAGACUCCUUCGAGGACACGAUGAUCUACUGCCCCAAGUGGCAGGGCUACAAGCUGAUCCGCCUUCGCCCGACCAAGAACGGCAUCACCUACCACCUGAUCGUGGAGGUGUCCACAGAUCACCACCUCCACCGGACGAUCACCGUGCGCCCCCCCUUGCAGAUAAAGAACGAGACGUGCUACGCCCUGGGGCUCUACUACAGGAAGAAGAUGGCUGAGGAGUUGAAGCUGGACAGCUACCUGGACGGCGAAGCCUCGAACCCCUUCGACAACAGCAUGAGGAUGACGGUGAUCGAGCCACAUGACUCCUACAACGUCCCCAUGUACAUCACCUACCACUUCAGCAUCCACUUGGCUCCAGUGCACUUCAACAAGUUCGAGGUCUCCCCCGUGGGCAUCUCCUGGAAGGAGCUCUCGGAGCACAUGAACACGCCGAAGGACAUCUACUGCACCUCCCCGUCGUCCCUCUUCGGGGUGAAGGUCUUCUGCAGUGAGAACUCCAAGUACACGAAGUACCAGUGGGCGAACUCUGGUCAAGUUCCUCAGUACCUCAUCACCGUCGUCCCACCUCUGGUCUUCGAUAACAAGCUGCCGUUCGUGGUCGACAUCAAUGUUCCAUCCAUCGAAUACGAAGUGAGGAUAGAGCCCGGACAGCGGAUCAAUGUCUACAACAUCAGGUGUGACGCCGACACAACCGUGAACUUCAAGAUCCAGAACUACCUGGCGUCCCAGUGGGCAGGGACGUUCAAACUGAAUUCUGAAUUGGAGAGGAAGCUCGUGAAGAUGUUCGCUGACGGGGAGACAGACGCCGUCUGGAGGCCUUUUGUCCUCUGCGUCGAGCUGAACAAGGCCACCAGCUGGACGGUGGUCAUCUACUCCGAGUACUGGAUCAUAAACAAGACGGGAUUGCCCUUGAAGAUCCAGGAGACGUUAUCCAACACUGUUGAAAUCCCGGACGAGGAGCUGAUCGUAUUCUCCCAGAGGAAGAACCGACGAAAGCCUGUGAUGCUGAAGAUUCAUCAGUCCGACUGGUCCCUGCCGUUCAGCCUCGACGCGAUAAACUCGAUGUCCCUCAUCGCCUGCAAGGACAUCGAGCGCAAGAGGAAGUACCGCAUCCUCACGGAGAUCGUCGGCUCCACCCUUUCGCCAACCUUCACCAAGAUCAUCACCUUCCUUCCUUACUUCUUCAUCAAGAACAAUACGAAGCGGGCGCUGAGGUUCAUGGAGGAGAACGAGGACGCUGAUCUGUGGAAUGACCUGGUGCCCGGACAGGGGACUGCCUUUUGGCCGUACACUGACUCUCUGAAGAUGAGGGUCAAGUGGAAGAACAGUCAACUGGUUUCGCAACAUUUCAACCUCACGAGCAUCGGGAAGAUCGUGCUGAGGAUGGAGAAUGGGUCGGCGUUGUGUGUGGAUGUUGGCGGGGGGAACAACUCGCCGUUCUGCAUCACUUUCGAGAGGUACACCUCAGGAGACGCUCCAGUGAGAGUUGACAAUCUCUGCGAGGAUCUCUUCCUAAAAAUGAAUCAAGCAGACCUGGGUCAGGUGGCCCUCCUCAGCCCUUACCAAAGCCUCCUAUACACCUGGGACGACCCCACAGAGUCCCGAGAGCUCAUCUGGAACGUCUACAACAGCAAGACAAAAGGCUACCCCGCGAUGUUCGAUACCGACGGCUUCGGCCAGGAGAUCGUCACCUUCAGAACCCUAAAAAAAUCCCCCGAGAUGGUCUACUCCUCCAAGACCAAAGCAAAAAGAUCACGGCGUGGUAGAAGACUCAGUAAGAAAUCGAAAACAGAAUCAACCGAGAAUGCCACCAGCUCGGACGACGAAGAGUCGCCUCCUGACGACGUCACCCCCGUGGAGAAGAUCCAGAAGAACAAGACCAUCAUCUACUGGAUCAGCUACAUGGAGAAGAGACAGCGAGUCCUGACCUUCACCCAGGACGAACACAUGUUCUACAAGAUGAAGACAGUUGUGGAUCCUGAGUACAGCAAGACGGAAGUCUUCUUGGCCCUCUCAGGACUUGGAGUCAGCAUCGUCGCCGACGACUGCACAGUCUCCAAGACCUCCAGCAGGGAACUGGCCUACGCCAGUAUCACCGACUCCUCCGCCCACUGGGAGCUCGACAUCGGCAAACGAUGGAAGUCCCUGACAUUGGAACUCAACGCCUGGCUCGAGGACAAGUACAAGACAUCAGCAGAAUCAGCUAAACUGGACAACUCCAUCGACGUCAACUUCUCCAAGAUGCACAUCACCAAGCCCUUCUUCGGAAAGCUCAGGAGGACGUACUGUCCGGGGAUCUGGGCGCACCUCAGGAGGUCCAAUACCCUGACUUAUCUGCAAGGAUACGUCCAUCGGGUGCAGGUGGAUGACCAAAAGAGCGACUCGGUAUUUCCGAUUGUCCUGAGACCUGGGACCAAGAAGUGCGUUGGAAAUGGCCUCGGGGGAAUCAGGAUGAAGCACUCCGUGGAGUUUCAUCUGCUGAAGCAAGCGAGGGUCUCCAGCAACAUUUUUAAGAGGAUUCAUCUCGUUGUGAGGGAGUUCCACGUGAACCUCCAGGAGGAGUUCUUCGUGGGCCUCGUCAAGGAGUUGAUGCCCAAGCGAAGGGACGACACGAAGACCUCCCUAGCGGGGAGGUUGAAGACAGACCUGGCGAAUGUUUAUGUUCCUCUGGGGGGCGGGGAGGGCAGGAGGAUCUGGGGCAGGGGAGACGUGAUUGAGCACGUCUAUGUGGCGCCGAUUAAGCUCCACGUGAAGCUCUUGGCGUCCGCGGAGGGGAGGGCAGGAGACGGCGAGGUGGAUUACUGCGGGAGUUUUGGGGAGGUGUUCGCGUACGCCAGCAAGGGGACGUUCCUGAAGCAGGCCGAGUUCAGGCUGCCGCAUUAUGAGAGGUUCCAGGUGCGGAUGGGCACGGGAGAGCUGGCGGCGGACGUCUGGAAGAGCUGCAAGGCCGAGUGGAGGCAUCAGUUCAAUGUCUCCGUGCAGGGGAUGACGGUGCUCGGAAAUCCUUUUAGUUAUAAUUUCAAGGCACCGGGGGACGCUUUCUAUGAUACUGAUGGGCUCCAUCUUCAAGGAGACGAAACAGCAGAGAAACUUGCCCACAACAUCUCAUGCCUCCUGGGUUAUUCCAGCCUGGACGCCCUCCAGAUCCCCUUAAUUGGGCUGGGUCUCCUCGAGCAAGAGGCCCCGCGUGCUAGGCCAAAGGUCACACGUUUCGAGAGCACAGACACUCCGUUAUCAGCCAUCACCCUCGAUCGUUCCUACUCGAUAGGAGUUGAGCUAGAAAUGUCUGGGUUAAUAGUCAAGCCAACGGACAAUACUCAUCAGGAGGAGCUCAAGUACUCGCUGAAGGAGCUUGGCAAGGGUAUCCUCAGCCUGACGAAGCUCGAAGACGGAAAAUCGUCCCUCAGGAUCCAGCCUGGACUCAUCCUGGACACGAUAAAACGCGCCCAGGAGAGAGGGUACAACUUCGUGUCCAGAAUUCGCUUCCCACGCUACAUCAAUCCCUAUUCAGCAGUCGAGUUGUAUUCAACUUACAAAGCGAGGGGAAUGUACCUUCUCAACACUGUUACGAAGAGUGAAUACCAAAAUUCAGAGACCUAUUGGGCACAUGCUGCACUCUCCAGCGAUGGCAAGCACAUUGCUCUCGUCUCACUGCAGAAAAUUUAUCUUCUCGAGAAACGGUGCAGCAUAUGGGCAUCCUGGAACGUCGCGUGGUCCAUAGAAACUAAGGAAUUAACUGAGGCACCCACGAUCGAGGGAAAUAAAUUAAUUCUUCAUGUAAAUAAAGUGUUGCAGAACCAGAUAAUGUCCCAAUCACCUCCAGACUGGUACAUGGAGUGCAACGACAUAACGACCCUGGAAUGGCUCUCCAAGAAGAUAAAUACUGCCAUGAUCCUGAACCUCAUAAACUCUCGGUGCAGAACAGUCUGAGGCCCUCAAUCAACUGACCCCCCCCCCCUCAAACCCCCCCAAAUUGACAAUGUCAGAUAAUUGGAUAAAGUACAUCUAGUUUAUUUCAUAAUUUAUUUACAAAAAGUCUUAGUAAAUUACACUUACAGGCAUCUCCACUCGAAACUAAAGUAAAUAAUUUAAGAGCUACACGUAUUAAGAUGUCUAUAGAGUAGGAUACUUUGGGGGGCUGGGGAGUAAGCCAAGAUUCAGGGAAACGUGUAUGUUGUGUUAACCAUUAAUAUCCUCACAGUUUCGUUACUCUCGUCAUUCAAUAAUCCCCGAACAAUUCGGUCAUUGAAUUCCAGACAAAUCAAUCGCUAAAAAUUGAUGAUUAAAAAAAAUCAUUGAAUUCUCUAACGAUGCCACAUAAUGAGGAAUGACAUGAAAACUGACAGCCAAUUGAAAAAAGAAAGAAAAAUCAUAGAUGAACAGAAAAAAAAGAUCAAUCCACUUGAUCACCUGAUUUGAGGGGAAAAAUUCAAUAGAAUAAAAAAUGAAGAAUUGACGAAAAAAAAUCAUAAUUGAUAAAAAAAAAUCAUUGCAUACAUCAGUUGCUGGCCAAACGUCUAAUUAAAUGAGAAAUAGAGAUCGUCAAAAUGUGUGUGUGUGUUGUGUGUGUAUAUAAUAUAUAUAAUAUAUAUAGUAUGUGUUUAUAUAUCUCGUACUAAUUAUAUACAUAUACAAGAUAAAAUGAACUGUAUAUGCAUAUAAUUAUGAUGAUAAAAAAUAUGCAAAUAAAAGGCUAGCGCUUGGCCCAUUUUCCUCUGAAAUAAUUUAUCGUUUUUUCAUUAAAUUAUCCCUCUGUAACUUCCCCCCUCACUGAUUCCUCAUUAUUUUACUCAAUGAUGAUGAAAACAAA